AUGUGUAACAUCAAAAAGAAUUGUGGAAUAGCUGCAGUGUUGCGGAAGAGUUCUAUAAUAAUUUGGGAUGAGUGCACAAAGGCACACAAAUAUUCACUUGAAGCACUAAACAGAACUAUGCAAGAUUUAAACAGCAAUAAUAAACUUUACGGUGGUGCUAUCUUACUUUUGUCUGGUGACUUCCGGCAGACCUUACCGGUUAUACCUCGCUCUACUUUCGCGGACAAUUUUUGCACUGUUGUUCAGGAUAAAAAUGAUUUGAUUCAGAGUAUUUUCCCGGAUAUACAGAAUAAUUAUUUGAAUCAUGAAUGGCUUAGUCAACGGGCGAUUUUGGCAGCCAAAAACGUUGAUGUUGACGAAAUUAACUUCCAGAUACAACAGUUGUUACCAAGCGAUCUGAUGUCAUUUAAAUCAAUCGAUACUGUUGUUGACGAAAAUGAAAGUGUAAAUUUUCCGAAAGAAUUUUUAAAUUCAUUAGAUAUCCCUGGAAUGCCACCACAUAAUCUUCGAUUAAAGAUUGGUUCCCCCAUUAUUCUCCUCCGUAAUUUGAAGCCACCUCAAUUAUGUAACGGUACGCGUUUGGUCAUCAAAAAGAUUACCGGAAACAUUCUUGAAGCAACCAUUUUGUCUGGUAAGUUUAAAGGAAAAGUGGUCCUGCUGCCACGUAUUCCGAUGAUACCAUCAGAUUCUACCAUACCCUUCAAAAGGCUACAGUUUCCAAUUCGUUUAGCUUUCGCCAUGUCUAUAAGUAAAUCUCAAGGUCAAACAAUGUCCAUUUGUGGUUUAGAUUUGGAAAAUCCAUGUUUUUCUCAUGGGCAACUAUAUGUUGCGUGUUCACGUGUUGAGAAACUGUCGAAUCUAUUUGUGUUAGCUAAAGACAGGUUAACCAAAAGCAUUGUGCACCGAUUGGUGUUAAAUUAA